UGCAGUGGUGUCCUUAUGUUAACUGUCUGUUCAGCAAUAAUGCAGCGUUCCAUGUGGAUCGUUCCAUUUCUGAUUCUAGGCAAUACCAUUUCAAGUACGGCUGGUUCUGUGAUACUGCUUAAUGGCCAAGAUGCUUGUUCUGGGAGAGUGGAGGUUCUUCAUAAUGGAACAUGGGGAACAGUGUGUGAUAAAGGAUGGGAUCCAUCAGAUGCCGCAGUCGUGUGUAGAGAGAUGGGUUGUGGAGAUGUUAAAGAGGCAAAGACUGGUGCAUUUUUCGGACAAGGUUCAGGAUCAGUCUGGAUGGCUGAUGUAAGCUGUGUUGGAAAUGAGUCUACACUAAGCAGCUGUGAGUCCUCUAAAUGGGGAGUGACUGACUGUGACCAUUCAAAGGAUGCUGGAGUCAUCUGUCAGUUAACCACACUCAUCAGGUUGGUGAAUGGCAGUACCUCUUGUUCUGGGAGAGUGGAGGUUCUCCAUGAUGGUCAGUGGGGAACAGUGUGUGAUAAUGGCUGGGAUUGGAACGAUGCAACAGUGGCAUGUAGAGAGAUGGGCUGUGGAGAUGUUAUAGACACAAAGAGUGGUGCAUAUUUUGGUCAGGGAUCAGGGCCAGUAUGGUUAAGUGAUUUACAGUGUUAUAAUAAUCAAUAUUCAUUGAGAAACUGUAAAUCAAAUGGAUGGGGACAAAACAGCUGUGGACAUGAGAAGGAUGCUGGAGUCAUCUGUAAGCCCAGCAUUAAGCUGGUUAAUGGCUUCAACUCUUGUUCUGGGAGAGUGGAGGUUUACCAUCAGUGGAGGUGGGGAACAGUGUGUGAUAAAGGAUGGGAUCCAUCAGAUGCUGCAGUCGUGUGUAGAGAGAUGGGUUGUGGAGAUGUUAUAGAGGCAAAGACUGGUGCUUAUUAUGGACAAGGUUCAGGACAAAUAUGGAUGGCUGAUGUAAGUUGUGUUGGAAAUGAGUCUACACUGAGCAGCUGUGGGGCCAGAAAAUGGGAAGUGACUGACUGUGACCAUUCAAAGGAUGCUGGAGUCAUCUGUCAGUCCCUCAUUAGGCUGGUAAAUGGCAGUAACUCUUGUUCUGGGAGAGUGGAGUUUCUCCAUGAUGGACGGUUGGGAACAGUGUGUGAUAAUGGCUGGGAUUGGAACGAUGCAACAGUGGCAUGUAGAGAGAUGGGCUGUGGAAAUGUUAUAGACAAAAAGAGUGGUGCAUAUUUUGGUCGGGGAUCAGGGCCAGUAUGGUUCAGUGAUUUAAAGUGUUAUAGCAGUGAAUCUACACUGAGCAACUGUCAAUCAAGUGGAUGGAGCCAAAACACCUGUGGACAUGAGAAGGAUGCUGGAGUCAUCUGUCAGCUCAAAACUAAACUGGUGGAUGGCUUCAGCUCUUGUUCUGGAAGAGUGGAAGUUUUCUAUAAUGGUCAGUGGGGAACAGUGUGUGAUAAUGGCUGGGAUCUAUCAGAUGCUGCUGUUGUAUGUAAAGAGAUGGGCUGUGGAGAUGUUAUAGAGGCAAACUCUGGUGCUAAAUUUGGACAAGGUUCAGGACAAAUAUGGAUGGCUAAUGUAAGCUGUGCUGGUGAUGAAUCUACACUGAGCAGCUGUGAGUCCCGUAAUUGGGCAGUGAAAGACUGUGACCAUUCAAAGGAUGCUGGAGUUGUCUGUCAGUCCCUUGUUAGGCUGGUAAAUGGCAUCAACUCUUGUUCUGGAAGAGUGGAGGUUCUCUAUAAUGGAACAUGGGGAACAGUAUGUGAUGAUGAUGGCUGGGAUUCGAAUGAUGCAAUUGUGGCAUGUAGAGAGAUGGGCUGCAGAGUUAUGGAGACCAAGACUGGUGCAUAUUUUGGCCAGGGCACUGGCCCAGUAUGGUUAAGUGAUUUACAGUGUUAUAGCAGUUUAUCUACACUGAGCAACUGUCAAUCAAGUGGAUGGGGACAAAACACCUGUGGACAUAAGGAUGCUGGAGUCUUCUGUCAGCCCAAAGUUCAGCUCGUGAAUGGCUUCAACUCUUGUUCUGGGAGAGUGGAGGUUUACCGUCAGUGGUGGGGAACAGUGUGUGAUAAUGGCUGGGAUCUAUCAGAUGCUGCUGUGGUGUGUAGAGAACUGGGUUGUGGAGAUGUUAUAGCAGCAAAGACUGGUGCUCAUUUUGGACAAGGUUCAGGAUCAGUAUGGAUGGCUGAUGUAAGCUGUGUUGGAAAUGAGUCUACACUGAGCAGCUGUGGGGCCAGAAAAUGGGGAGUGACUGACUGUGACCAUUCAAAGGAUGCUGGAGUCAUCUGUCAGUCCCCUGUUAGGCUGGUAAAUGGGAUCAACUCUUGCUCUGGAAGAGUGGAGGUUCUCUAUAAUGGAACAUGGGGAACAGUGUGUGAUAAUAGCUGGGAUCAAUCAGAUGCUGCAGUGGUGUGUAGAGAGAUGGGCUGUGGGGAAUAUAAAGGGACAGAGAGCGGUGCUUUUUUUGGACAAGGUACAGGGCCAGUAUGGUUAAGUAAUCUACAGUGUGUUAACGAUGAAUUUUCGAUAAGGUACUGUCAUUCAGAAGGAAGGGAGGAAAACAGCUGUGGACACGAGGAGGAUGCUGGAGUCAUCUGCAACUCCAAAACUAAACUGGUGGACGGCUUUAACUCUUGUUCUGGGAGAGUGGAGGUUCUUCAUAAUGGCACAUGGGGAACAGUGUGUGAUAAAGGAUGGGAUCUAUCAGAUGCUGCAGUGGUGUGUAGAGAGAUGGGCUGUGGAGAUGUUAUAGAGGAAAAGAACAGUUCUUAUUUUGGACAAGGUUCAGGAUCAAUCUGGAUGGCUGAUGUAAACUGUGUUGGAAAUGAGUCUACACUAAGCAGCUGUGAGUCCUCUAAAUGGGGAAUGAAUGACUGUGACCAUUCAAAAGAUGCUGGAGUCGUCUGUCAGUCUCGUAUGAGGUUGGCCAAUAGCAGUAAAUCUUGUUCUGGAAGAGUGGAAGUUCUCUAUAAUGGCACAUGGGGAACAGUGUGUGAUAAAGGAUGGGAUCUACUAGAUGCUGCAGUGGUGUGUAGAGAGAUGGGCUGUGGAGACGUUAUAGAUGCAAAGACUGGUGCUUAUUUUGGCCAGGGCUCAGGGCCAGUGUGGAUGAGUGAUUUACAGUGUGUUAACACUGAAUCUACACUGAGCGAAUGUACAUCAGGUGGCUGGAGAACAGGUAUCUGUAUACAUGAGAAAGAUGCAGGAGUCAUCUGUAAACCUUCUGUCAGGCUGGUCAAUGGCAGUGACUCUUGUUCUGGGAGAGUGGAAGUUCUCCGUAAUGGAAUAUGGGGAACAGUGUGUGAUGAUGGCUGGGAUCUAUCAGAUGCUGCAGUGGUGUGUAGAGAAUUGGGCUGUGGGAGAGUUUUGGAAGCAAAGACUGGUGCUUAUUUUGGACAAGAAUCAGGACCAGUAUGGAUGAAAAAUAUAAAGUGUGUUGGGACUGAAUCUGAUUUGAUGAGCUGCCCAUAUGACUCUGGUUCACUUAGCUGUGGCCAUGAGAAAGAUGCUGGAGUCAUUUGCGGAGAUCUUCAAGUACGUUUGAGGAUUGAGGUUAAGGUUGCCCCUGGGGUCGACCCAAAUGAUCCUGAAGUCAUGAAGAAACUCUUGAAAGAGAUUGAGAAGAAGGUACCAACAGAUGGGAUUUCACCCCUCAGAUGGAAAACUCAGUCCAAUGGAGAAGUCUUCCAGAACAGGUCAUUGCUGGAAUACAAAAGAGAAAAAAAAUCACUCACUAUCUUUUAGGACAUUGGAUGCUAUAGUACAUGCUAUAUUUCUAAUCUGACCUUUUAAAAAUAAGACUGAGCAUGCUUUUUCUGUUUUGGGUUUUAGGUGCUUAUAUAUAUAUAUAUAUAUCUGUGAUUUAUUUUCUGAAUGUGACAGCUUAAUGUUUUUGUUAAGAUAUAGACAUUUAGAUUCUUUGUGUCCUAAUUUGCAUGCCAAGAUAUAAAUGUAAUGAAUAUAGUUUUCUUGAUAAAGCCAAUAUUGUACAUUUUUAAUAUAACCCUGUCUAUGGAUAUAGAAUGUAAAGUGUAUGGUGAGUAAUUACAUUAAUUUGAUUUCCUAUUAUUUUUAAAUUUAAUAAGAAUCAGAUUAAGAAUAACUGUAGCGGCCCCUUGGUAUCGAAAGGAGGCGGCAGAGAGUUUCCUACGGGUGCCUUUGUUUAUUUAGC